AUGCAGAAUGGCGAAGGCCUCCUAACUUUUGACGUUGUCUCUUUACAAUUUAGAAAUGCCGUUGACGAGCUGCUUCGGCGCAGUUUCGAUAAAAAGCUUAGAACAUUGGACGGCCCAAACUUGUUAUCCACUAUAGAUAGAAUAUUCUAUUAUGAACUUUCAAGAAGGCUUGCGAGAUCCAAGAUAUAUGUCCCUACAGCUACUGAAGUGUCCGGGGAGGACACGACUCUAAGAAAGAAGGCUAAAGCUUUUCGUUUACUAAGCCAGGAGGAAGUUGUGAUAAAAAUAUGGCACUUGAUUAUCGAGGAGCUCGACAAGAGUGUGGAUGACGUAGUUUCUGAGCUUGCAGAGAAGCUCACGCUUGAGAGCGAACCAAAAGCAGCAUUCGUACGCCAUUGGCCGUCUCUAUGUUUGGGUCAGUUUGAGGUUCAGGUUAGCCUGUUAGCUGAGGCCUUCCAUCUUUUUGCAGAGGAUUUCUCAUUUAUUUUUAAUGCAUUCACAGGAGUUCAUACAAUCAGAGAGUUUGCAGAAUAUCGACUGGUAGAAUCUGCUCUAUCCGUGUUAGGCAAUGAGGCUGAAGGUGCCCUCACCGAAGCUUUGACAGAAAUAAGAAAACAAUAUCAUAACUGUGAUGAAGAAGGAGCCCGAAAAGCUGAGAACUACAACCGAACUGGAACUGAAUGUCUCAAGAAGUUCGUUGAAGUUGUCGGAAAGUGCCACCUCCGUUUCACACAUCACAGGAAAUCUUUUAGAGUGUUUUACCUCGAUAAUUUAGAGUUUGUUCUUUCAAAAACAAAUAUGGAAAUUGACAAAGACUAUCUGAAAAACGUUAAGAACUUGCUCAUAAGAGAAGACAUGAUUGUUAACCUUAUUUCCAAGAGCAUUCAUCUUGAGACAAAAAAGAUUAUUUUGACCAAGUUUCUCUUCAGUGCAGGGGUUUUAGAAAACUUGCUUGAAAUUUACGCGCUACAAAGGGGGUUUGUACGCGAGUUUAAGAUGAUAAAACUUGCGUAUAAUUCUGAUAACAGAUGCAAUGAGUUUUACGCGAGUCUUGCAAAUGUCAUAGGAAUACGGUUUGGAAAUUCUUUCCAAAGGCAGCGCACCUUGGAUGAGGUCCUGUCAUACACGUGCUCCUUGUAUGACUUGGAGGACGAUAAAGUUCCUCAACUCGUCAAAAGGGGCCUUGAGCUAGCGGUAGAUGGAGAGUUAAACCUUGUCGAACCUUUGGUCAAGUCAUUAGAUUCAAAAGUUAAAGGAUGUUAUAAAAGGUUGAAAGAGCCUCAAAGCGUUGGUCUUCAACAAGCUAAAAAAGAUUAUGAAAUAUUUCUCUCUCUUUGGAGAAUCUUGGAGUCCUUUGACUUGCUUGAACCCUUUUUCAAACUGUAUAUGGAGAGAAGCCUGUUCAGACGAAUGAUCAUUAUGGGAACUGAGUACCUGGCGUACAUGAAUCAUCCCGAAAAUUUGGAAAAGAGAUUUUUUGAUUUGUUGGAGGCAAGGCAAAGCCAUUGGGAACUAGUGACACAACUAAAAGCUCUACGAAGCAACUUAAUAGACACCCAAAAGUUGUUUCAGGGCUUUGAAACUCAGGAGCUGCAGAAUGUGCAGCUAGCCCCCAUGAUAUUCGAGCGGAAGAACGUCCCGGCAUCUUUUCAUGAUUUUACAUUUCCAGAGCUGAAGAUCCCCAGGUCGUUGGAUGCGCUUUGGCAAAAAUUCUGUGCCUUCUACGCGGAAAGUGAUCCAAGAUCGACCAAAAAACCCCUCGUCCUUCAAAAUAUGUUACAUCACUUAGAGGUUCAGACUAACUUCAAGCUAGAGGAUGGCAGACCCUUGAUGCUUGAAUUAACUCUUCUCCAAGCCAGUAUCCUUGACUUAUUCAAUGAAAGCGGCGAGCUCACAGUUCGGGAUAUUGAGAGCGAACUUGGUGUAGCGGCCAAUAUUCUCGAACCGGCCCUGACUUCAUUCAUCAGCGCUGGACUAUUGAACACUGACGGUGGAAGUUUCAUUGUCAAUGAAGAGUUCAAGCCUGACAUCAAGAAAAUGAAGGAUGGCCGUUUAAAAAUAUUUCAUAAGGCAGCGCCCAAGGCGGCUUUAAAGCCGCCGGAAGACGGACUGGAGAAAAAAGAUACCUCGUGGAUCAAAGAAGUUCUCCGUGCAAGGAUUGUUAGAGUUCUGAAGACCUCCAGUGCUUCAUUUUCAUUUGAACAGCUUAAAACCGCAGUUGAAAAAGAAAAAUCAGGAUUCAGUAUGGGGGAAUUCAAAACAGCAUUGGCCGAAUGCAAAGACUUUUAUAGCUUGAAUAAGGAACUGUACCAAUACAAACCAUAG